ACAAACAGUUCCCCCUGAGGCGUAUGAGAGGUCACUUCAUUGAAGCAGUUGUAGGCCUAAUGUCACAUAUUUAACAUUUCCUCCCUGAUGUGCAGAAGUUUGAGCUAUUUCAGCAUUUUACUUUCUUGGUAAAAUGAUGUUUGUGUGGUUUUUUUUUUUCUUUCUGGUCUUUCACAGGAAUGCUUACUGCUCAUUCCUGAGGCAUUGAUCAAGAUGUUGUCAGAAUAAUCUGUUGUUUACAAAGUAUCUAAGAUAAGAUCACUUCUAGAGCAAUGCAGCCCUAUAUCCCUUAUAACUGCACAGAGGGCCAGUACGUGGUGUAGAAGACCACAUCACGCAUUCACUGGUAAAACCUCAUCUUUCCACAAGGGUUUCCAUUGGCUUUGUGUCUAAAGGUUAUUUUAACCGAGGCAUUGGCUCUUUCUCGAGUCCCUCCUUGAGCCAGGUCACACCACAAAAGGAUGACUAACACAGCCGAUGUCAAAGACCUCCUGGCUGUAUGCUUCUGGGGUUCUUUGAAGUGAAAAUGUGCUUCAACAAAAGAGUUAUUCAGCUCAUUAUACACGAUUAUGCAUGGUUAUAACAGACAAUGUGCAUGGUAUGAAUGAACCUUCUGUAAUCUAACGGCACUUCACCGUUAUCACGCCCUUGGCACUCUUGCUGUGUGUGUGCUCAAGGGUGCUGCUCCGUCCUCACUCAAGUGGUAAAAAGGAUACACCAGGCUGAAUGGUUGUAAGAAUCAUAUGUACCCGCGGCACUGAGUGCGUUAAUAGUUAAAUAAGGUCUAGCAAGCGUAGACCUGCCUGGUACCACACAAAGUGAAGAAACAGGAAUCCCAGCUAUGUGUUGGCCCGACCUAGCAGGCAUAGAAGGCAGAUAAUCACAUAUGAACCUCGGUGUGAAAAAUGAUGCCCCGUUAUUUCUAACUUCUAACUCAAAACUAUAGGUCAGGCUACAGCAUUUGAAUUUGCCUAAUCAUGCCACUUGCUGUUUUCAUUUUUGGUCAGGUUAUCUGAUUGAACCAUUUGUGCCUUCAGUCAGCCUGCCUGCAUUUUGCUUUAACUAGACUGAGCCGCAGUGGUUUUUGUAUUCAGUUAGGGUCCACGAAGAGUGAGUGAGUGAGUGAGUGAUUGCAGUAGCUCAGCCUAUGGGAAAGUUCAUGCUCAGGAUGUUAAGCAGCUUGUUAUGUGUCUAAAGGUAGCAAGUAUGAGAGUGUGGAAGAAAGUGUGUGUGGGUGUGUGUGAGAGACGGAGAGUGAGUGUGUGUGUGUGUGUCUGUGUGUGUCUGUGCACGCGCAAAAGAGAGCAAGUGGGAGAGACGUCACAGCCUUGGUUUUAAUAGGAGCGGGCAGGGGAGGAGUGAGCUGCUCUGGUAGCGAGUAGUAGCCCUCUGUCUCCCAGCAGGGAAAAAGCGCUGAGGUUUCUGCUUGGGCUGACUUAAUCUGCAGGACGUAGCCUACACUCUAGAAACACUGGGUCUGUCCCGCGACUCAAAGCUUGAAGAGGCUGCUGCUGCCACACCGGAGCUGCACAGUGGGAGCGGAUCAGGAGCCCGAGCAGAGAGGGUCAGCGCCCAACACAGCACACGCCAUGGGUGAGGAGGGCCCCCCCAGUCUGGAGUACAUUCAGGCCAAGGACCUGUUCCCCCAGAAGGACCUGGUGAAGGAGGAGGACAGCCUCCAGGUGCCCUUCCCAGUCCUUCAGGGGGAGGCAGUGGAAUAUCUCGGCCGUGCUGAUGACGCCAUCAUCGCCAUCUCCAACUACAGGCUCCACAUCAAAUUCAAAGACUCCAUUAUCAAUACAUACCCAGGUGUGGACAAUGAGAUUUCUGUGCCUCUGCGGCUGAUGGACAGCGUGGAGAGCAGAGACAUGUUCCAGCUGCACAUCAUCUGCAAAGACUCCAAAGUCGUCAGGUGCCACUUCUCCACCUUCAAGCAGUGCCAGGAGUGGCUGCGGCGCCUCAACCGUGCCAUAAGCCGACCGUCGCGGCUGGAGGACCUGUUCGCCUUGGCCUACCACGCCUGGUGCCUGGGGGGCAGCGCCGACGACGAGGACCAGCACCUGCACCUGUGUCGCCCAGGAGAUCAUGUUCUUCAGAGACUGGAUGUGGAAGUGAGGAGAAUGGGCUACGACAUGCAGAACGCCUGGAGAAUAUCCGACAUCAACAGCAACUACAAGCUCUGCUCCAGCUAUCCUCAGAAGCUGCUGGUGCCGGUGUGGAUCACCGAUAAGGAGCUGGAGAGUGUGGCCUCCUUUAGGUCCUGGAAAAGAAUCCCUGUUGUAGUGUACAGGCACCAGAGGAACGGCGCGGUGAUCGCCCGCUGCAGCCAGCCCGAGAUCAGCUGGUGGGGUUGGAGGAACACUGACGACGAGUACCUGGUCACCUCCAUCGCCAAGGCCUGCGGGCUGGACCGCGGCACUCGGGGGGGCGGGGGCCUCGCAGGCAAGGCCAGAGGAGACGGGCCCGACAGCGUCGACAGCGACUUUGAUUCCUCUUUGACUGUUUGCCCAGGCCCCGAUGCCAACGUUGCACCACAGAAGCUGCUGAUCCUCGAUGCCCGCUCCUACACGGCCGCGGUGGCCAACCGUGCCAAGGGAGGCGGCUGCGAGUGUGAAGAAUACUACCCCAACUGCGAGGUGAUGUUCAUGGGCAUGGCAAACAUCCACUCCAUCAGGAACAGCUUCCAGGCUCUGCGGGCGGUGUGCAGUCAGAUCCCGGACCCCGGCAACUGGCUCUCAGCGCUGGAGAGCACCCGUUGGCUGCAGCACCUGUCCGUCAUGCUGAAGGCGGCCACUCUGGUGUGCUCGGCGGUGGAGAGGGAGGGUCGGCCGGUGCUGGUGCACUGUUCGGACGGCUGGGACCGAACGCCUCAGAUAGUCGCUCUCUCCAAGAUUCUUCUGGACCCGUUCUACCGGACCAUGGAGGGUUUCCAGGUGCUGGUAGAGACGGAGUGGCUGGACUUCGGCCACAAGUUCGGCGACCGCUGCGGCCACCAGGAGAAUGCCGACGACGUGAGCGAGCAGUGCCCGGUCUUCCUGCAGUGGCUGGACUGCGUCCACCAGCUGGUCAAGCAGUUCCCGUGCCUGUUUGAGUUCAACGAGGCCUUCCUGGUGAAACUGGUCCAGCACACGUACUCGUGUCUCUAUGGCACGUUCCUGUGCAACAACGGCCGGGAGAGAGAGGCCCGCAACAUCUUCAAGCGCACCUGCUCCGUCUGGUCCCUGCUCCGCACUGGCAACAAGAACUUCCAGAACUUUCUCUACAUACCCAGUCAUGAUAUGGUGCUGCAGCCGGUGUGUCACACGCGCGCCCUGCAGCUGUGGACGGCCGUUUACCUCCCCUCCUCCUCGCCCUGCACUGCUGCCGAGGACGCCAUGGAGAUCUACCUGUCCCCCUGCGGCCAGGGCGAGGAGCUCACCUCCCGCUCCCUCGACAGACUUCCAAAGACACGCUCCAUGGACAACCUCGUCUCUGCCUGUGAGAACGGGAUGCCCCUUACGCGCACGUCGAGCGACCCCAACCUCAACAAGCACUGCCAGGAGGGCCGUGUGGCCCUGGAGACGGCGGGCAGCCCAGGGGCCUCCCCCACGGAGGACAGCCUGGAGGACCACACCCCCGACACGGGGCUGGGCAGCGAAGACCCUGACGUGGAGACGUGCGAGGAGACACCGACCCCGUCACCUCCACCGGCCGAUGAGGCGGCCCCUCUGGACACGAGGGAGGAGCUGUGCUUAACCACGCAGCCUCUGCCCUGUCUGCCUCACCCACACUCCCUGGGGCAGGACUGCCCUCUGCCCACGCCUGUCCUCCACCAGGCUCUGCCCCGCAGCGCCAGUCCCCCUCUGCCACCCUUGCCCCCGGAGGAGCUGCCCUGGACCGCUGAGGCUCCCCCGUCUCCUACUGCGAGCGUGAGCCCUCCCCCCGUCGUCAACGGCUUUUCCCACGCAGAAGACGAGCCCGAAGAGCCUCUGGUAGGGUUCACCGCCGAAGCCACGGAGCUCCUGGCCACGGAACCGCCGCCGCCUCGCUCCACGCUGCUGGAGGACUCCACCGAGACCCUCACCGAGCAGAGCGCCAUCCCGCCACAUCAGCCUCUGCUGCGGAGGGCCAGCUCAGGCGAGGCCCAGGCCCUAACCCCGGCCCAGGCCCAGGGUUGCUCUAGAGAGGAAGGGAGAAGGACUGAGGGCACGUGUAAGGGGGAGCUGGUGCCCGUGGGCGAGCGGGGGAUGCCGGAGUGCGCCCGCACCGCCCGGCGGCUGGUCUCGCAGAGCCAGCUGAGCGACUUCACGCUGCUGGGCUCGCCGUGGGGCAGCGUGCAGGGCCUGGUGCAGUCGGCCUGCGGAGGAGCCCUGCAGCAGGGGGGCUACCAGGGCCGUCGCUUGGCUAGCAAGAUCCUGCGUGCCCAGGGAGCCAGCAGCGCCGCCGCCGCCAACGGCCACUGCUGCCGCCGGGACCGAGACCGGGACGCUUCGGCGUAUUCGUCCGCGGUGAACGGCUUCGGCAACGGUGCCGCGUCCUCCAGCUGGCUGUCGGCGGUGAAGAGCUCGGGCUACGCCGCGCUGUGCGCCUCCACGGCCUCCUCCGGGCCGUACGUGCGACAGCUCCUGGCCGCCGCGCAGUCCUCGCCCUCGGCCAGCGUGUCCCCCCCGCCCCCGGGGCCCCUACAGCCGCCCCAGGCCCCCGCCUACCUGGACGACGACGGCCUGCCGGUGGCGCUGGACGCGGUGCAGCAGCGGCUGCGGCAGAUCGAGGCCACCUACAAGCAGGAGGUGGAGCUGCUGCGCCGGCAGGUCAGGCAGCUGCAGAUGAGGCUGGAGAGCAAGCAGUACUGCACGCCGCCCUCCGAGCCCGACAUGGACUACGAGGACGACAUUACGUGCCUGAGGGAGUCCAACGACAGCACCGAGGAAGACUCCCUGUCUGACCACAGCGAGGACCGCUUCAGUGAGGGCAGCUGGGAUCGCAUCGAGCGGAAGGACACAGAGGUCAGCGUCCCUCAUAGCCUCCUGCAGGUUACUCGAUGGGUUCCCGAUCAUAUGGCCUCCCAUUGCUUUAACUGUGACAGUGAGUUCUGGAUUGCCAAGAGACGCCAUCACUGCAGGAACUGUGGAAACGUGUUCUGCAAAGACUGCUGCCACCUGAAGCUGCCCAUUCCGGACCAGCAGCUCUACGACGCGGUCCUGGUGUGCAACACCUGCCACGACCAGCUGCUGGAGUCGCGCACGCGCGAGAUCCGCAACCAGCAGCUGAAGAAGGCCAUCGCCACCGCCUCCAGCUGAGAGCCUCCUGCCCCGAUCUGCCCAGCCUACCUACCCCACCCCACCCUGCUCUGGCCUGGUGCCGUUUGGCCUGGCACAACUCAGCAUUGGUUGAGCACCUGACACGCGUUUGACCACUUUGUCUGAGGAGCCUAGUUGCCCCCCCACCACCCAAUGACCCCCCCACCCUUAAACCAUUCUCACGAGUGAUGAUGACGAUGAUGAGGAGGAGGAGGAGGAGGAGGAGAAGAAGAAGAAGAAGAACUUGAAGUUCUUUGAGAUUUGGACUUGAUGUAUGGUGGACCGUGACUGAAAAGGCUGGAAAGAGAAAGACAAAGAGAGUUUGAGAUGGGUGAACAGGUGGGGAGGGUUGUUUUUAAUGAAAUGCCGGUUAUUGUUGUGAAGCCCCCACUAUGGUAGACAGCAUCUCCGGGCCAGGAGGUUGCAGCGUCCUGCUGGCCUCUGGCCCUCAGCGUGUGGGGAGGGCUGUUCCUUAGAGCUCCCUCUGCUGGUGGGGCAGCCUUCAGCUUGGAACUGGAGCUCCCCUUGUUCCAGCACUCUCAUAACCUGGACAUCAGUAGCACCAUGACCUGCCCCACUGCUUGCGCUCACACACACACACACACACACAUACACAUACACACACCUCUGAGGACAAUCUCUCUCAUCCCCGGAAGUUGGAAACUUUGAAGCCUUUCGUGCGUCAUACUGGAGGCGUAUCUAUUUAAAGAAAAAAAAAAAAGAAAAUGCUGCUAAAGUAUUGAAAAAUCUAAUUUUUGUAUUCUUAUUAUUUUGUGCACUACACGUUUGUUGUAUAUUUGAGGGAAUUUGAGACCAAACCCAAAACAAAAGGGAUACAUCUGCUGUUUACUUGCUGUUGUAUGUGUUUGUGGGCUCUGCGAUGCUUGAAUGUAAUGUUUGUGAUUGGGAGUGUGAGUGAUUGGGGCGUUACUGAAAGGCUCAAUCAUUAAUAUUCACAUGCAUUCGGUGAGUUGCGUGUUUGUCCGUUUCUGCAGUUUGCCUUUAUUAUUGGGUAAAAAAAAAAAAAAAAAAGGUUAUGCACAGUUAACACCUAGCCGUCAUUUUAUUAAUGUUAAGCAAAAUUUCAAACAGUUUGUGUAAGAGGUUUGUUCCUCCCAGAAUCAAAGAUGUAAUACUCCCAUGCAGCAGGUCCCGUGGGCGUCCGGUUUGGACCGCUUUGGACCACGGGUGAGCCAGACCACAAAGAAAAUCACAAAAACUCAAGACGACGUCGUCACGUUUUCCAGUUCAAAUUUUUUGCUAACGUCAAGUUAACCAUAUGGGUUUCUGUAAUGUAUUCAGAAGGUUAAGGUAUAAGCCCACAUACUUUUGCACGAGGGGAUGUUUGUGAGAGAUUUUUCGUACGUCCUUGUUUGGCUUCGUCUGCUGUCUCCAUAGCGAUAUGUCAUGACACAGUGUCAUUACGCACUCAAUAUCACUAUGAAUUUCAGUUACUUCCUUUUAAAAAAAAUUGACUGUGGUUCCCAAACAUUGGUGUACGUGUUGUUGAAUGGUGUUCCUUGAAAAAAAAAAAUAUAUAGUGCCAUCUUUUAUUUUGUUUUGUUUUUUAAAGCCUUUUUCUCAUGGACUACACCUGGUUACUAAUUGGUAACUACUCGAUAUGUUAAUGGUACAAACAUAGCUAGCUGCUUAACAAUGAGAAAAUAACUUCGUAGGUUCAACAGGGCUAUCUGUUGGGUCAUGGAGUCAUGAUAUUCACUGAAAGAUGACAGUAGGAUGGCGAAUCCUAAUGAUUCAAAAGUUACCUAUUGUUUUCUAUCUUUCUUUGUACUGGUGUCAAUGAAGGAGCGAUCAGAUGAAUGAAAGAAAGAAAAAAAGAUCCCAGAAAUGUAACAUAGCUCUCUGAUCUAGUGGCUAAAAUGUGUCACUUAGUCAAUAAUUGUUUUCAGGAAAUGCACUGUACAAGUUAAAUCCCAUGGGGGUAAAUAAAGUAUAUAUCUGUAUCAUCUGCCUGAGGUGGCAGUCUCCUCCA